GCUGCGUCUUGACGAUCCUGAGUCGUGCCAGAACGCCAUUCACGGGACUCCAGCACCGCGCGUCAGCGUAAGAGUUGCGCGGUGUCGGCUCGGAGCCCCCCACGGGGUGCCGUUCUUGCGCCGCGCGCCCGCAGUGGGCCCGUCGUCCCUGUCGUCCUUUCGUCAAGAACGCCCGCAGGGCCCAGAGAGAUGGCGGGGGCGCGCCGCUGUCGGGCGCCACCUCGACGCGGAGGUCGCGGCCUUGUCCCCGCGGCCUUGGCCUCGGCGGCGGCGCUCGCCGCGGCCGUCGGCCCGUCGUCGGCCUGGAGCACCUCCUGCGGGCCAGCCCCGCGGCCCCGCCUCGCGGCGCGGGUCGCCCGCGCCGCAAAGGGGGGUGGCGCCGCCGCGGUGGACGAGGACUGGCUGCGCGACAGCAUUGGGCAGGUGGACGACAAGGAAGUGGACCGUCUGUUCAGCAAGUACGACCCGGACAGCUCGAACUCAAUCGACAGGGAGGAGUUCCAGGAGAUCGCCAAGGAGAUGAAGUACGACGCGUUCCGGCGCACUGCGCUGGCAGUCUUGGGGUCGGCAUUGGGCGGCGUGUGGGUAGGCACCCUGGGCCAGCAAUACCAGAUCGCUCAGAAAUUAUUUCGCGGCUUUUACGCCUCCCCUCCUGCGGAGCGGGCCAUGAAGACAUUUUUCCCGACGGCUCUUCUGGCCAAUGACGUCAACAGUGCCGUAGCGGACGUGCUCACCAAGCGCGGCUACACCCCCCAGAAUACUUUGUACGCCCAGAGCGUGUGCCCAGACGAGAUCAAUUCCAAGGCCCAGGAGCUCGUUGCUCUCAUGCAGAACGAGUGGGGCGAGGCCUUCGCGCUCGGCGGUCUAGGAGGUCUACCAUUCGCCGGAAAGUCUGGGUUCGAGGCGUUCUUGCACCACACACCAGUGAAAGGGAAGGUCCUCAUUUGUUUCGCGCCGCACGUGGGCAUUAAUACCGACGGCGCGGUUGGCAGCAUCCUCAGGGAGGGACAGCUGAAGAAUUCCACGGCCUGCGGUGCGGCGGUCGGAGCGUUCAACGCCAUCAGGAAGUCUGACAGCGGGGGCAGCGAUUUGGGCUCCGCGUACGACGCUCAGGAGAAGUACAUCGUGGAUAACAUGCGCCCGCUGCUCGAAGGGGUCGAAGACUCUCAGGACAAGAUGGCGUACGUGGCCUACCAGACAUACAACAUCGCGCGCGACCUCAUGCUCGACACGCUGAAGAGUAUCCCUGACAUCUACGACUGGUGCGAUGAGUUGACGGUCGUUGGGGGCAUAAUGAUCAACCGCAACAGAGGCGGGGACUUCUUCCAGCCCCUCAUGUUCGAGACUAAGACGAAGGACGGGGCGGCGACCGACCUAUACCAGCAGGCCUUCGGCGAUCGCCCCGACCUCGCCCAGAUCUUGGGGAGCGAGACGAAGGCGAAACAGGUACGUGCGUCUGCUGGGUGGUAGAUGUUGGCCACCAGGUGCGGGCGCUCGUACAGUCACCUGUCGCGGGGAUGGGGCGGUGCCGCUCUCUCGCGCUGCAGCCGGGGGCUGCAGUGGCGUGCACGCGAGCGUACGCUGCGGAAGCCACUGGCAGUAAGCGUCUUAUUUUGCCUUUAAGCAUAGGCACUGUUUUUUAAGUGGUAAGGUAUAUGUUCACAUCAUUUUUUCGAGUCUCUGAGAUCUCACGCAGUGGCUUAAUAGCCGCCAGCCGUGGAGCAGUUAUAUAGGUUCUGCGGCAGCCCCAAGGGCGGCGCGAUCGCGCCCAAGCUUUCGUGAGCGGGCUCGUUUUCUUUUCACUGCCGGCCACCCACAAUCACGUGCCGCAUUUUUUCCCAGGUCUCGUGGAGCCAUUGUUUUGCCAUUCAGCUGCGUGUGUCGCGUCUGACAUUUUGCUUCUGCGGCUAGGCAGAGCCACUGCUCUGGCGAGGAAGCGAAUGUGGGCUGCCGUUAUGCGAAAAAAGUUGCGCCCUGAUAGUUCC